AUGAUUUACCAUCAAAUUGACGAUUUUCCACAAAAAAGCGAUGCCAGAUCUGACUACGGAGAUCGUCCAACUUCCUUAUUCCCUAAUGAUAUGCCAGUAAAAUCAUCUAAUGAGAUAAAUUCAGUUAAAUCAAAAAAUUAUAUUUCUAAUUAUUUUUUGCCCCAAAUAAAUUCAAUUGAAGAAUUAUACAAGUUUAAUUUUUCUGUCCGUUCGUUAUAUUUGGCGAGUUCUUUUGUGUUUAAAAUAUUUUUGCUUGCUUCUUCAUUUCUUCUAUUGAUGACCGGAUUAGCAAUUCUUUUUCAACGGAUAUUGUGUUUAAAUAAUAAUGAAUUAACGACGGAUAAAGAUCGUUUUUAUCAAUAUAAACGGCUUCAUAAUGAAUUUAAGAUAUUCCAAAAAACUUAUUCUCGUAAUUAUUCUUCAUAUGAUGAACUAAAUAAACGUUUUAUUGCCUUUUCUUUAAACAUGUAUUUACUUGAACAACGUUUGGAUCAGGAAAGAAAACAAGGAAUUGAAGGCCAAACUAUUUGGGGAGUAACCGAAUUUUUUGAUUGGACUGAAGAGGAAAUAGCAAAAUUAUUAAUUACACAUAAUUAUAAUGAACAAAUAAAAGUGAGACAAUUGAACAAAGUUAUUAAAGUUGAAACAAAACAAGGAUAUGUACGUCCAAAACAAUGGGACUGGCGAGAAAAAGGUGUUGUUACACACGUUAAAAACCAAUGUGAGUUAGAAAAACUAAUAGAAAAAGUUGAUAUUUUAGUAAAUUGUGGCUCAUGUUGGGCUUUUUCUGUUGUUGGAAUGGUCGAAACAAUGCAUGCUAUUCAAAAUGGAACACUUGUUAGACUUUCAGAACAACAAUUAAUUGAUUGUGAUUCGGCUGAAAAUGGAUGUGAGGGUGGUUUCCGUCCUUAUGCAUUACGUUAUAUUCGAGAUAAAGGUCUUCUCUCAGAAAAUGCCUAUCCAUAUCGUGGUAAUGAUGGAAAAUGCCAACUUCCUUCUGGUCCAAUAGAUCCAACUCAACGCGUUUUUAUCGAUGAAUGGCGUUCUUUGCCUUCAAAUGAGGAUCAAAUUGCUGAUUGGAUUGCCACAAACGGGCCUGUUACUUUUGGAAUGAAUGCAACUAAAAGCAUGUAUCAUUAUAAAGGAGGAAUUUUUUCACCAAGUUCAGAAGAGUGUAACUACGAAUCUUUAGGAUCUCACUCAAUGGAGGUUAUAGGAUAUGGAGUAAAUGACAAAGACAUUCCUUAUUGGAUUUUAAAAAAUAGUUGGGGAAGUGGUUAUGGAGUUAAUGGAGGAUAUUUGCAUAUGAGAAGAGGUGUGAAUUCCUGUGGACUUACACGUGAAGUAUAUAGUGCAUUAAUUAAAAAAUAG